AUACAUCAGUAAUGUUUUGUUGAGUUGAGGUUGAGCAAGCUGUCUGAAACUCUGCUCAAGGAACCUGGUGGAGUCUUCUUCUCUUCUCUGUCCUUCCGCCCCACCACCACCAGCUCCAGCCUCCAGCCAGCCGGCGGAGAAAAGCAGGGGAUUGGACCCUCGGAGCUUGCACCUGGCAGCCCAGAGCACAGCAAGGCAAAGCACCCGAUUCGAUUCCUAGGCACCCGGCUUUUCCAUCCAUGUCUUCCUUGCUUGACCAAUCUCGAUUGCCCGCCUCAGCUCCUUUCCCUCUUCUCCUGGCUUCUCUCGCCCUUUCCGGCGGUUGGAGGACCAGAAGCUGAGCUAGCCGCCCGCCUUCCGGACGCUGAUGUGAUUGACCCGGUCGGUUGAUUGGGAAUUUUAGCAUCGCGAUACCUCCAGCAGCGGUCCAGCGGUCCAGCCCAAGGCUCCAGCACGGCAGUUGGUUGAGUCACCGUCCGCCAUUCUGUUAGCAGCUUCCGCUGCCGGCCGAUCUUGCCGCGCCAGCAGCAGAAAAGGCCGGCGUUUUCUUCAGCCAUGGCGUGCGCGGCGGCGCACAUGUUCGUCUACAACGCCACUCUCUGCGCCUGCGACCCCGGGUACUUCCUCUUCACCAACUCCACCGGCGGCAGCAACGGAAGCAGCACCAGCACCAGCUGCGUGUCAUUGCCCCGCGGCGGCGACGGGUUCGGCGACUGGCAGGUCGGGUCCGUUGGCGCGUCCAAGAACCAGAGCUUCUACUUCCUGACCCCGGUCCUCUCCCUCGACGUCGUCCGCCGCCUCACCCAGUCCCAGGCCGUCCUCCUCUGGGUGGCGCUCGCCACGCUGCUCUCCUGGUUCGCCUUCUGCGCCGCCGCCAGGUUCGCCGGCCAGGACCCCGCCCGCCACAAGAAGCUCUUCGGCGCCCGGUUCUGGGUCAGCCGCCUCGACUGCAUCUUCGACAACAACCACUAUGCGAAUGAUCAACAAGUACUGAGGAAAAGAAAAACAGAGCUGGGGGGCAUGUUCUCGGUGGCUACCGUGAUACUCUUCCUUGGAUUAGCCACAGUUCUGCUGUAUCAAGCCAUCCACAGGCGUAACGCCGAAGUACAUCGAGUGAAACCAGCUAAUGCUCCGGAUUUGCUGGAUUUUGUGAAUGAUCUUGAGUUUCACAUAACAACUAUCUCAAGCAUGUCUUGCGCCCAAGUAGUGGCACCUUCUACAAUAGCAAUGGGAACCCCUGGGUUUAUGGACUUCAGGGUGCUGCCUCUGUCGACACUCUUGACCUACACUUGCCAGAACACGAGCGAGGGGCCAUCAAUUACACUGAAGUGCAAUGGCUGCCGAAUCCCUCCAAGAGACCACUAUGUAUCCUGGCAGUUUGUUGACCUGCCAAGGCAACCGGCUGCUGCUAUUGGCUUCCAGUUUAAUUUGACUGCAAAGGAACAUGGAGAUGAUAAAGAUAUGAGCUUUGUGAGUGGUACUUUAAGCUCUGAUAAUUACGUUGAUGCCAAGCUGAAAACAUUCAGAGGGCCAGAUUCCAAUGUGCUCAAAAUUCAAUUGUUUCCUCAAAUAUACAACAACCAUCGUGGCUUGAAGCUCUUGCAGCCGCUUGUCCAGGACUUCACUCAAGGUUCUACCUUAUCAGAUUUGAGCAGCUUGAAUGCUUCCUUGCAAAACCCUAGAGAUGGAGUGAUAAAUACUACACUCUACAUAAGUUAUCUUUCUGACUAUAUCGUGGAGAUCAGCAAUGAAAAUGUGCUUGGCCCAGUCAGUAUACUUGCGAGUAUUGGUGGCCUGUAUGCCUUCAGUGUAGCAAUUUUUCUCUGCCUCAUGGCUCAAUGUGAAGGCAGGAUAAAGAAGCUCCGAGACGAGGAUACCAGAAUGCUCAAUAUUCUUAGCAAACAACGUGCUCAACGAAAUUGGAACAAGGUUCGGAAGUUUGUCAUGUACACCUGGGGUCCAAGCAACUUGGAUCCAACAGAUAGAAGUGGCAAGUGGCCUGAAGGCUCGGUGAUGGAUUCCCUCCAUGGAUCCUUCCACAAGAGAAGAAAACCAAUUAGAAGAGGAGCCUCAAAUGGGAGCAAACCUAAUAAGCCUGGUGACAUGGUACCACAUCAUGCAGUUGAAAUUGAAAGAGUUGGGGAGAUACAGCAGUCAAGCAAUUCUAGCACUGCCAGCACCUGUGACUAUGAUUGACGGUUGCAACAGGACCAUACUCCCGGCGCGGAGCUGUCUAUAUGAAGAGUGUAGGUAGAGGCAAUUGGCUAAAAUUGUACAGGUUCGGUUUGCAGGGUCGUAGCAACAGGGUUCACAGACGUGUUUGAAUCGGUAUGAUGAGAGGUGACUGGGGAGUUCCAUUGAUGGUUUAAGCUGGAGCCAGCUUCUGAAGUCCGGUCAGGUGUCUAUGUGUGUUACCACUUUUUGGUUUCAUUUCAUGAGAAGGGAUUGGUAUUCUUUCCUUGAAUUGUACAUGGUGGUACUCAUGAAUGGAUUUGAUUGGAGCCCUUGUUCAUUUCA